GUUAUGUUCCCAUCUCUAGUUAGCGUGGUAGUUGUGUUUUCACUCUCCAAACAUUUUGUGUAGUUUUCAAUAGAUUUAUUUGGUAAAUACUGCAGUCAGUGCAAUAACUUUGCACUAUGGAAGAGCUGCAGCAAUUGGAGUACCUAUCGCUGGUAUCAAAAAUCUGCACAGAGCUCGACAAUCACUUGGGCAUCAAUGACAAGGACCUGGCCGAGUUCAUAAUCGAUUUAGAGCACAAGCAUCAAAGCUAUGAGUCUUUCCGAAAGGCUCUUCUGGAAAAUGGUGCUGAGUUUCCCGACUCUCUGGUCCAAAAUUUACAGCGCAUCAUCAAUUUAAUGCGACCCACACGUUCUGGUGGUGAUGCAAAAAAAGAUCUGAAUGAAAGCAGCAUUAAAAAUGACAAGAAAUCACAGCUGAUUAAAAUGUUUCCUGGUUUAGCGCUGCCCAAUGAAAAAUUCAGCAGCAAGAAGGAUGAAUUCGAGGAAAAGAGUGAAGAUUCUAAGGGUAAGAUGAACAUUAAAAAAAAUGAAAUGAGCGACGUUGAUGCGGCCAUGAUGGAACUGGAAGCUCUGGCGCCAGGCGACAAUCAUAAGGAGCGCAAGGAAGUUAAGGAGAGCAAGCGGCGAAAUCGAUCCAGCUCAAGAGAGCGAAGCAAGACGUCAAAGCGUGAGCGCAGCCGAAGUCGUGAGAAGGCGCGCGAGAGAGAGAGAGAUCGGGAUCGAGACAGGGAGCGGGAUAGGGAUAGGGAGCGGGAUAAGGAUCGGCGAAGGCGUCGCAGUAGAUCUCGUGAAGAUCGGGACCGUCGCAGACGUCGCUCAAGCUCUCGCGAUCGUCAGCGAAAAAGACGCUCCCGGGACAGAUCCCGCUCUCGAUCCCGCGAACUCAGCAGCAGACAUCAAAACCAGAAAGAUGAGAAGAUGCCUCCGCCUGCAGCUGUGUUAUCCGAUGAUCCAGAGGCGGGGAAAAUCUACUCUGGCAAAGUGGCCAACAUAGUGCCAUUUGGAUGUUUUGUGCAACUUUUUGGUCUUCGCAAGCGUUGGGAGGGAUUAGUCCACAUCUCACAGCUGCGCGCCGAGGGACGCGUAACCGACGUGACCGAAGUCGUCGCCCGCAAUCAGACAGUUAAAGUAAAAGUCAUGUCGUUGACGGGCCAAAAGGUGUCGCUGUCUAUGAAGGAAGUGGACCAGGAUAGCGGGCGCGAUCUUAAUCCGCUUUCCCAUUCACCCGAGGACGAUGAGAUAUCAUUGCGAGAUUGCAAUCCGGAUGGACCCUACGCAAGCACCUCCUCUAUACUCAACCUGCAGGGGAACAACAUUGACGGUGAUGAACACGAAUCCCGCAAGCGGGUGACGCGCAUCUCGAGUCCAGAGCGAUGGGAGAUCAAGCAAAUGAUUAGUUCGGGUGUACUGGAUCGCAGUGAAAUGCCCGACUUUGAUGAGGAGACGGGAUUGUUGCCCAAGGAUGAGGACGAUGAGGCAGAUAUUGAAAUAGAAAUCGUAGAGGAGGAACCACCAUUCCUCUCCGGCCAUGGACGUGCCCUACAUGACUUAUCCCCUGUGCGCAUCGUUAAGAAUCCAGAUGGUUCCUUAGCCCAAGCUGCUAUGAUGCAAUCUGCGCUUUCCAAGGAACGUCGCGAGCAAAAAAUGCUGCAGAGAGAACAGGAAAUGGAGGCAGUGCCAAGUAAUCUUAAUAAGAACUGGAUUGAUCCGUUGCCUGAGGAUGAUACGUCUCGGCAUCUGGCAGCCAAUAUGCGUGGCAUGGGCGCGGCACCACAGGAAGUGCCCGAGUGGAAGAAGCACGUGAUUGGCGGAAAGAAAUCCUCGUUUGGCAAGAAGACGGAUCUAACGUUGGUGGAACAGCGACAAUCGCUGCCCAUUUACAAGCUGCGAGACGAUCUCAUCAAGGCUGUCACGGAUAACCAGAUUCUGAUAGUGAUUGGUGAAACGGGCUCCGGAAAAACCACACAGAUCACUCAGUAUCUCGGUGAAUGCGGAUUCACGGCCAGAGGCAAGAUCGGAUGCACACAGCCACGUCGUGUGGCCGCCAUGUCAGUGGCAAAGCGAGUAGCUGAGGAGUACGGUUGUCGUCUGGGUCAGGAAGUGGGAUACACAAUUCGUUUUGAGGAUUGCACUAGUCCGGAAACGGUCAUCAAGUACAUGACUGACGGCAUGUUACUCCGCGAGUGUCUCAUGGAGGCGGAACUGAAGACCUACUCGGUUAUCAUGUUGGAUGAGGCCCACGAACGUACAAUUCACACGGAUGUGCUUUUCGGUCUACUGAAGACUGCGGUACAGAAGCGUCCUGAACUCAAGUUGAUUGUUACCUCUGCGACUCUGGAUGCGGUCAAGUUCUCGCAGUAUUUCUUUGAGGCUCCAAUCUUCACGAUACCAGGACGCACAUUUCCUGUAGAGGUGUUGUACACGAAGGAACCUGAAACGGACUACUUGGAUGCUUCUUUGAUCACGGUCAUGCAGAUUCAUCUGCGUGAACCGCCAGGCGACAUUCUUCUUUUCCUAACCGGUCAGGAGGAGAUUGACACAGCCUGCGAGAUAUUAUAUGAGCGUAUGAAGAGUCUCGGCCCAGAUGUGCCGGAGCUGAUUAUAUUGCCGGUGUAUUCAGCACUUCCCUCUGAGAUGCAGACACGCAUCUUUGAUCCGGCUCCCGCUGGGAGUCGCAAGGUGGUCAUAGCCACGAAUAUAGCGGAAACCUCUCUCACCAUCGAUGGCAUUUUCUAUGUGGUCGAUCCCGGCUUUGUCAAGCAGAAAGUCUACAAUUCCAAGACGGGUAUGGACUCGCUGGUGGUCACCCCUAUUUCACAGGCAGCAGCUAAACAGCGAGCAGGUCGUGCUGGACGCACGGGACCAGGGAAAUGUUAUCGCCUGUACACGGAACGUGCUUAUCGGGAUGAGAUGCUGCCAACGCCAGUGCCGGAGAUACAGCGUACCAAUCUGGCCACCACAGUGCUGCAGUUGAAGACGAUGGGAAUCAAUGACCUGCUGCAUUUCGACUUCAUGGAUGCCCCACCAGUGGAGUCGCUUGUUAUGGCCUUGGAGCAGCUUCACUCGCUCUCGGCUCUCGAUGACGAGGGUCUGUUAACGCGACUGGGACGACGCAUGGCAGAGUUUCCCCUGGAACCGAAUCUAUCAAAAAUGCUCAUCAUGUCUGUGGCGCUGCAAUGUUCCGAUGAGAUUCUUACAAUUGUAUCCAUGCUCAGCGUGCAGAACGUUUUCUACAGACCCAAGGACAAGCAGGCACUGGCCGAUCAGAAGAAGGCCAAGUUCAACCAAGCGGAAGGUGACCAUCUGACGCUACUGGCGGUUUACAACAGCUGGAAGAACAACAAGUUCUCCAAUGCCUGGUGCUAUGAGAACUUUGUGCAAAUACGCACAUUGAAACGUUCGCAGGAUGUGCGCAAGCAGCUCCUGGGUAUCAUGGAUCGACACAAGCUGGAUGUGGUCUCCGCAGGCAAGAACUCGGUGCGUAUACAGAAGGCCAUAUGCUCGGGUUUCUUUCGUAAUGCGGCCAAGAAGGAUCCACAAGAGGGAUAUCGCACCCUGGUCGACUCACAAGUGGUCUAUAUACAUCCAUCGAGCGCACUGUUCAAUCGACAGCCGGAAUGGGUGAUCUACCACGAACUGGUGCAGACAACCAAGGAGUACAUGCGUGAGGUGACUACAAUUGACCCCAAAUGGUUGGUGGAAUUUGCUCCGUCGUUCUUUCGCUUCUCGGAUCCAACCAAGCUCAGUAAAUUCAAGAAAAAUCAACGACUGGAGCCUCUUUACAACAAAUACGAAGAACCAAAUGCUUGGCGUAUAUCUCGAGUUCGUCGACGACGCAAUUAAGUUCCAUGUUCGCUUCUAUUUCGUUUUGUAUUUAAUAAAAUCUUAAGUAAAAAUUAA